AUGGGAGACCAUAGCCCCGAAUUUGCGGAGCUUGAUCCGGACAUUGUCAGACCGGGCGUUGUCAGGGCAGACAAACUCCCCGAUCCUUCAACGUUCGAGCUAGAUAUUAUUAUGCAAGAUGAUGAUGCAGAGUCUAAUGGAGCAGCAACACCUCGUUCUGAGGAGAAGGGAAGAGAAAGAGUAGAGCUCGAGUCGGACGUUCCCAUGACCGAAGAUGAUGCACAGUCGAGUGGAUCGUUGACGCCGCGCCCCACUUUGCAGUUCCUGAGGUCCUACCUCCCCCUCGUCGACGGUGCUCAGAAUGCGCAUCGCGCUGCCCACUUCAAUCCAAGCGCCAUGAUUAAAGUGAACGCCGACCCUCCUUUACGUACCAUAGGUAUGAACCGGUUCAUCCCCUUGCUCGAUGCGGGCGGCGCACUCCCCAUCCAGUUUUCCAGCGAACUCUACCGCGCCUGGGCCAUCACCAAUACGGGCGAGGAAAAGAACGGGCACCCCAUAGAGACCCUCCUCGUGGAUUAG